AGGGGAGCAGCAGUUCCUCAGCUACAGAGUACACUGUGCGAGUACCCAAAAAUACCAGCAAGAAGUAUAACAUCAUGGCUUUCAAUGCUGGGGACAGAGUCAACUGUUCAACCUGGACACAGGCUCGUAUGGAAAGAGACAUGAGUGCUCGGCGGAUAUAUGGGGAGGAAGAGACAGCUGAAGGAGCAGCUGGCAGUGAGUUUGGCAAAAAGCAGCGUGAGGAAGCGCGGCGGAAGAAGUUUGGUAUUGUGACACGUGAGUUCAAAGUGGAGGACCAGCCCUGGAUUCUCAAGGUCAAUGGCAAAGCCGGCAAGAGGUUCAAGGGUCUAAAGAAAGGCGGUGUCACGGAAAAUGCCUCCUACUACAUCUUUACACAGUGUCCUGACGGAGCUUUUGAGGCUUUCCCUGUCCACGGCUGGUACAACUUCACACCGCAGGCCAAGCACCGAACUCUCACAGCUGAGGAGGCUGAGGAGGAGUGGGGCAGAAGGAACAAGGUGGUGAAUCACUUCAGCAUCAUGCUGCAGAGACGUCUACGGGAGCAGGAGCGUGGAGAGGAUGAAGAGGAUGAGAACGAGAAGUCGGGGAAGAAGAAAAAGAAGGGGGGUGGGAGAGGUGGAGACCUACGCAUUCAUGACCUGGAAGACGACCUGGAGAUGAGCAGUGAUGACAGUGACAGCAGUAUGGGGGAAGAUGGAGAAAGCAAGUCAAAAGUGAAGAAAGAGACGGCAAAAGCAAAAGGAAAGAAGAAGAAGAAAAAGAGCAACGACAAAGAGGCAUUGGAGGACAGCGAUGACGGGGACUACGAGGGUCUAGAGGUGGAUUACAUGUCAGAUGAAAGCAGCUCGGACGAAGAACCGGAGAAGGGAAAGCCCAGCAAAGGAGAGGACCUCCCGAAAG